AUGGCAGCCUACGGCAGCAGCAGCGGUGCCACCCCCGCCGCCGCUCAGGCUGCCGCCGCCGCCUCAGGCUCCAGCAUCCCCGGCGUCCACGUCGUCAAGGUUGGCGAGAACGGCCUCACCUUUGAGCCCGCCGAGGUCACCGCCGCCGUUGGCGACGUCGUCGAGUUCCACUUCUGGCCCCAGGCCCAUUCGGUCGCCCAGUCGAGCUUCGACUCGCCCUGCCAGCCCCUCAACACGACCGGCUUCUUCAGCGGCCCCGUCCGCGUCCAGAGCGGCGUCUCCGACCAGGUCUUCAGCGUCACCGUCCAGGACACCAACCCCAAGUGGUACUACUGUGCCACCGGCCAGCAUUGCCAGAACGGCAUGGUCGGCGUCAUCAACGCUCCUGCCAACAACAACCAGAGGACGCUCCAGGCUUACUCUCAGGCUGCCGCCAACGCUCAGAGCAACGUCGCCCCCAGCUCCACUGGCGGCGGUUCUCUCGGCGCUGCCGCGACCGCGGCCCCCUCCUCGGCCUCCGGCUCCGCCAGCCCGAGCUCCUCCAGCGCGCCCAGCGCCGGUAUGGAGGCCCACGGCGAGAUCCGUUGGGGCAUGCUCACCAUGGGUGUUGCCGUCGCCGGCUUCAUCGGCGGUCUUAUGAUCUAA